CCGUAAAAAUGGAAAGAAGAAGAAGGUAAUGCACCGCGAACUGAAAGAAGAAAGACGCGUUUCCGGUUUUACGUCCAUGCUGAUUUAAAAACAUUGAGUUUCUUUGAAUCUGAAUUUAUUUUUAUUCAUUUCACUAUGUCUAUUAAAUUAAAUGCUCUUUUCAGCGACUCAUAUGUGGAUAUAAGCCAGUAUAGAGACCAACAUUUUAAGGGUAACCGUUAUGAGCAGGAGAAGCUGCUGAAGGCGAGCUGCACACUGUACGUGGGAAACCUGUCCUUCUACACCACAGAGGAGCAGGUGCAUGAGCUCUUCUCUAAGAGCGGAGAUGUCAAGAGGAUCAUAAUUGGUCUCGAUAAAGUCAAGAAGACUGCCUGCGGUUUCUGUUUCGUUGAAUAUUACACUCGCGCUGAUGCUGAGCACGCUAUGAGGUUUAUUAAUGGUACACGGCUGGAUGACCGGAUUAUCAGAACGGACUGGGAUGCAGGCUUUAAAGAGGGCAGACAGUAUGGCCGAGGCAAGUCAGGCGGGCAGGUCAGAGAUGAGUACAGGCAGGACUAUGACCCCGCCAGAGGGGGUUAUGGGAAGCUGGUGCAGAAAUCUUGAACAUGCCUCCUGCCAUUUUUUUUUUUUUUUUUUUUUUUUUUAAACAUUUGAUUGAAAAUGAAUAUGGACUGGAUUAUGAUGGGGUGCUCAGAAACGGAUUACAUUUUUUUUUGUGUGUUUGAUGUACAUAUUAGGCUUUAGUGCUUCAGGAAACUGGCAUGUGCAGUCUUUUUUUUUUUUAAUAAACAGUUUUAUAAAAUGUC